AUGAUUGUCACCAAUCACACCUUCCAUCCAGCUGUCUUCCUUCUUUGGGGCAUCUCAGGUCUAGAGGAACUGCACAUCUGGAUCUCCAUCCCCUUCUGCAUGAUGUAUGUAGUGGCCCUUGGAGGUAACUCCUUGUUAAUCAUAUUCAUCUGGAUGGAACACAGUUUACACAAACCCAUGUACCUCUUCUUGGCCAUGCUGUCCCUGUCAGACCUUUUUCUCUCCAGUGCUAUCAUGCCCAAGAUGUUGGCCAUUUUUUGGUUCCAAGAUAGAGGUAUUUCUUUCCAUGCCUGCAUCACUCAAAUGUUUUCUGUCAUUGCCAUCUUUGUCAUGGAGUCAACAGUUCUUCUUGCCAUGGCAUUUGACCGCUAUGUGGCCAUUUGUUUCCCAUUGAGAUAUACCAUGAUCCUGACUCCCUCUGUGAUCAGGAAAAUAGCAGGAUUUUCUGUGACAAGGGGCCUGAUUCUUACUUUCCCUUUUACCUUUGUAGUUGAACAGCUGCAAUUCUGUGGAAAUAACAUCAUUGCCAAUACUUAUUGUGAACUGCCUACGGUUUCCAGUUUGGCUUGUGGAAACAUAACAGCCAGUAACAUAUAUAUUCUAGUGUUGUCCUUCCUGUCCACAGGCUUAGAUGUCAUCCUCAUCUCCAUCUCCUACAUUUUUAUUCUCAGAGCUGUCUUCAGACUACCAUCUCGUGAUGCCCAACUCAAGGCUCUGAGCACCUGCAGUUCACAUGUCUGUGUCAUCCUCAUGUUCUACCUACCAGCUUACCUGACACUGCUGAUAAGCCACUUACACUGUGCGGUCCUGCUGACUAAUCUCUAUGUGGUUGUGCCCCCUGCACUGAACCCCAUGAUAUAUGGUGUUAGGACUAAACAAAUUCGGGAUCAUAUCAUACGCAGGUUCUCCCAACUGGGCCGUGCAUAA